CCUUAUUAGGAGUGGACCACAUUAAUUAAGUAAACAUAAUGGUGCGCCAAAUUCCCAAAUGAGUUAUCAGAUUCAAACAGAGGUAGUUGGACUUUCUUAAAAGUUAAAUUGAGCCAAAUUCCAUUGGGUUUUCUCAGCUGCUUUCUUUCUGGGUAUUAGAUGAAGAGCUGUCUCUGUUUCGCUGUUGGAAAAGGCUCACAAGUUUCUGCAUCCAUGUGGUUUGUCUCAUAGAAGGUUAUGGAUCAUGGGUUGAGUAGGCCUUGUGAAUCUGUGAGUAGAUUCGAGUUGGAGAACAGGAUCAAUUUUUCUUUACCUCUCAAUGUCAUGGAUGUCCAUUCAACAGCCUCUGAUCCUGUGAUCAAGUACAUUAACGAUAUGCUAUUAGGGGAUAGCAUUGAUGAGAAUACUCACAGCAUGCUCUAUGAUCCACUUGUUCUUAGAGCUGCAGAGAAUUCCUUUUAUGAAGCUCUGCAUGAUAACAAUGGUGUUGAUACUACAAGUGAAACCACCAUUGGUAGUUUUAACACUAACCAGUGGAUUGUUGACCCUGAAGAAUCAAAAUCAUCUCCGGACGGUGAUCCUCCAGACUUAUCUUUCCCGUCAUCAAGUCAGACUAAAUCAGAUAGCCUUAACACAGAUUUCUCCAGAAGAAAGAAACACAACAAUCCAGAUGAACGUGGGUUAGAAGAAGAAGAAGAAGAAGAAGAAAGGAGCACCAAGUAUUCUGCAGUUUAUAACGUAGAGGUUGAGUUAUCAGAGAUGUUUGAUAAGGUUUUGAUCUGUACUGAUAAUAUCAUAGUUGGUGGAAAGGGCAUCAUGGAACAGAAGAAGGGAAAGAGAAGCAGGAAGAGCAAUUCUAAGAAACAUGGUGUUUCUUCUGAAAUUAUAGAUCUAGGGUCUCUUUUAACCAACUGUGCACAAUCUAUUGCUUUUUUGGAUGAUAGGGCUGCAAGAGAACAACUGAAGAAGAUCAGGCAACACUCGUCGCUUACUGGUGAUGCAAUUCAAAGGAUGGCUCAUGCAUUUGCUAAUGCUCUCGAGGCACGGCUUAAUGGGACUGGCCCACAACUCUGUGCGGCCCUAGGUCCAUUUAAAGUGACAUCUUCUGAUCUGUUGAGAUCUCACUUCAUAUCUUGGCCAGUCUUAAGAAUAUCAUAUAUUGUUUGCAAUACGAUGAUUUACGAAAUAGCGUCAAAAUGUACAUCAUUGCAUGUCAUGGACUUUGGUAUUUCUUAUGGUGUCCAGUGGCCCACUCUUAUCCGUGAUCUUUCACGAAGACCGGGUGGCCCACCUAAACUUCGAAUAACUGGAGUUGAACUUCCCCAACUUUGUUUUUGUCCAGAGCAGAUGGUAGAAGAGACAGGAUGCCGCUUGGCAAAAUAUUGCGAGCAUUUCGGUGUACCAUUUGAGUACAAUGCCAUAACAAGAAAGAAUUGGGAGAAAAUUACAAUUGAUGAUUUGAAGCUUGUGAGGGGUGAGGUGGUUGCUGUUAAAUGUGCGUUUCGGUUAAAAUCCCUAAUGGAUGAGACAGUUGGUGCAGACAACCCGCGGGUUGCAUUUCUAAACAUGCUCCGGGAAAUAACUCCACAGAUAUUUGUUCAAACCGUGAUGAGUGGAUCUCAUGGCUGUACUUUCUUUCUUUCUCGGUUCCGAGAGGCUAUGUCAUUCUACUCUGCUAUCUAUGAUAUGUAUGAUUCCACUCUACCCCUUGAUGAUGAUAGAUUUUGUUUCGAACAACAAAUCCUAGCACGCGAAAUAAUGAAUGUCAUUGGAUGUGAGGGCAUGGAAAGAUUAGAGAGACCUGAAACAUACAAGCAGUGGGAAUCGCGCAAUAUAAGGGCCGGGUUCAAGCCCAUGCCCAUGAAUACUUUGCUUUUGAAGAAGUUGAGGCAAAAGGUGAAGGAUGGAUAUCACAAAGAUUUUGUGUUUGAUGAAGACCGUCAUUGGAUACUGCAGGGGUGGAAAGGUUGGAUUAUAUGUGCCACUGCUUGCUGGGUACCUGCAUAAAAUACGUAAGGAGUUUUUUUCAUGAAUUUAGAGGCCUUGAGAAAAAUAUCCUCAUGUUGAGCUAUUCUCGAACAUCAACGAGGAUGGUUAUCCUCAUGUUGUGCCACUUCCAUCUUUCUCUUUAACACUAGCUUAUAGAGUUAUAGCCAUACAUUUAUGCGAAAAGAACAUUAUCCUUGUUUUGCUAGUCUCUAACCUUAAAUUUGUUGAUCAAUAAUGCUAAA